AUGCAGCUGAUCGCAGAUUGUAGUGAUGGAUUCAAUGAAGGUGUUACUAAAACAGGACUAUAUCUAAUCAAACCCAAAGCCGCAUCCCACCCAUUUGAGGUCAAAUGUGUGAUGAACAUGACUGGUCAAACCGUUAUCCAGUGGCAUCACAAUUCCUCCUUUAGAUUCAAUAAAACAUGGGCAGAAUUCCGGACUGGGUUUGGCAAUCGAGACGGAGAUCAUUGGAUUGGUAACGAGAAACUCUUCUGGUUAACGCAAAGUCGUAACUUUUCUCUGAUGAUAACUAUCAAACCCCGAGGUGGUGGCAUCCGUAAUUUCAACGUUUCGAAGUUCAUUGUUCUCUCCGAAAAUUCGUCUUUUGCCAUCAGAGUCUAUGAUGCCCCCGGCUCACAGAGCUGUCUGUCGCAGUAUAACGGAACACAGUUCACAACAUUCGAUAGAGUUAAUUCAGCCAACUGCGCUGCUAUCAAUGGAAGUGGCUGGUGGUACAACUCCACUUGCUCCGACUGCAAUCUAAACGGACGAUUGUAUAGGGAGAACGCUACCAUAAUCGGCCCGGCCAUUUGGAAUCCAGAGAAUGAUAAAAUCCUUCAAACUGAGAUGACAUUGGUUGAAACAAC